ACUGGUCUUUAUGAGUUGAUACUUUAUGAGUAUUUAAUAAACCAUAACCGUGUAAUGUUACUAUUUAAAAUUUAUAGUAUUAUAGUUGUACCAGCAUUAUCGCUGCUUAAAACAGGUACAGUAACUUCUGUAAUUUAAAACCAAUGUGAUUUCGGAAUCAAAUAAUCUCGUGCAACUUUUUUCCCCUUUACUACCGCUUUGGCAAUGACCAUGAAAACCUCUUGCCUGCGACCACUAUUGACAAUUCUCCAUGGAAGUCAGACAGGUACAGCGACUGAUGUGGCUAAACGGAUUCGCAGACAAGCGAAAUCACGUCGUUUUCCCACUGAGCUGUACGCCAUGAACGACUUUACCACGGAACGUUUGAUGACGACGAAUCUUAUAAUUUUUGUGGCAUCCACAACGGGACAAGGUGAGGAGCCUGACAACAUGAAAGUGUUUUGGCGAUCUCUGUUGCGACGGCGUCUACCACCGAAUUCUUUGACGAAUCUUGAGUUUGCCGUGCUUGGCCUGGGUGAUUCUUCGUACCAGUAUUUCAAUUUCACGUCGAAAAGACUCCACAAACGCUUGCUGCGACUGGGCGCUGUGGCGUUAUAUCAGCUAGGACUGGCCGAUGAUCAGCACGAACUUGGUUUCGAUGGAAUUGCGGAACCGUGGAUCAAGGGGCUUUUUGAAGCAUUAAAUGAAAAAUUUCCUUUGCCCGCGGGCGUUGAUGAAGCAGCACCCGUAGGACCUGAACCGUCUUUUAACGUUUGCCUUAAGGACGCACUCGAAGUUCCAAAUGUUGAAUGCUCCAGAUUACCUGUUGGUCCACCUUACGACGCAGAAAAUCCUUUUCAUGCUAGCGUUAUUGCAAAUGAUCGUGUUACGGCAGCAGAACAUUUUCAAGAUGUCAGACUGAUUAAAAUGGAUAUAGCCGGCAGUGGAUUUGUGUAUCAGCCCGGAGACGUGAUGGUAGUUUACCCUAAAAACAGUCUGGAUCAAGUAGAAGAAUUGCUGACUUUAUUGCACCUGGAAGGAAACCAAGUCAUUACACUGAGCUUACACGACGAAGACGCAGCACUUCCUUUGCCAUGCCGGUUAUCCAAUCCGUGCACAAUCCGUCAAGCAGCCACAAAUUUAUGGGACUUUCAGUGUGUACCAAGACGAUCCUUCUUUGAACUGCUACAUCAUUUUGCUGUUAAUGAAAGAGAGAAAGAACGACUAAAAGAAUUCGCAAGCCCGGAAGGUACUGAUGAGUUAUACGGAUAUUGUUACCGUCCGCGGCGAACUGCUUUCGAAAUACUGCAAGAUUUUUCCGAUACCCGAACCCGCGUGCCGCUUGAAUAUUGGUUUGAUUUGUUCCCUCCAAUGCAGCCGCGAUCAUUCUCCAUUGCCAGCUCACCGCUCCGUCACCAGACAGUACUGCACAUUCUGGUUGCAGUGGUGCAGUAUAAGACUAAACUACAGAAGCCUCGUAUGGGAUUGUGUUCAAAUUAUUUGAAACGAGUGCAAGCUGGGGACAGCUUGGACAUGUGGAUUAAAACGGGCACAAUGAGUUUUCGCGCGGCAAGCGAGCGGCCCGUAGUCAUGGUCGGCCCCGGAACCGGUGUGGCUCCCUUUCGCUCUUUCAUUCAUGACCAAGCAGUCCGCAGUCACUCAGGAUCCAUUCUGUUUUUCGGCUGUCGCAAUGAAGACCAUGAUUAUUAUUUUCGCGAAGAAUGGAAGGAGCUACAAGAAGAUGGUAUUUUAGUUAUGAUGCCGCCAGCAUUUUCGCGAGACCAAAUUGAAAAGGUAUACGUACAGGACCGAAUGAAGGCCGCUUCGCAGUUGGUUUUUGAAGCCGUUUAUGAGCAGGAAGGAUUAUUCUACUUAGCUGGAAAUGCGAAGCAAAUGCCGGCUGAUGUUACGUUUGCCUUGAAAAGAGUUCUGUGCGAGAACAGCAAAAUGUCCAUGGAUGAUGCUGAUGCCUACAUUCAACAGAUGCAAAAGGAUGGUAGAUAUCAAACCGAGACUUGGUCAUAGUUAUCGAAGACUUGCCAUGACCAGAAAAGAAAUUGAUGGUUUUGUUCUUCUGGGUUGGUUAUUCGAACUUAAGGGUACUUUGAUAGUUGUUGUUUUGGAUUGUUGAAAGUUAGUGUUGAGAAAUACUCGUGAUGAUAAUGUUACGCAGCGGCAUUACCAUUUACGCACCCGGCUGUUCUUCUGCGUACGUGUUAGCACCAAGCUCCCGGUGAAAGUUGGUUGUGUGACGCUAGGCGGUCACGCUACGUACAAGUACGUUAAGCGGACCAAAAAAUUUGCGAAAUUAAAAUUAGCAGU